GGGCGCGAGCGGCCCCGCCCCUCGCAGACCGUUGCCGGGCGCAGACGCCGCCGGCGGCAGCCGAGUCCGCACCGGUCUCGCCAUGCUGCCCGCUCGCGGCCUCGAGACGGCCCCCUACAGCUACUGCAGCCAGCCCCGCGCCUUGCCCUCCCGGCCGAGGUACCGAGCGCCGCCUGACGCCGCCGAGCAAGAGAAGGAACCUGUUCGAUACGCAAAUCUCAUGUAUGACAGGAGAGUGGUGCGCGGCAACACUUACGCCCUUCACGUCAUACCUGUGAGUACCCAACCAGAUCCUCUUGAAAUUCAAAGGCAGAGAGAAGCACGGAGAAGAGCACUGUCCAGAAAACGAGCAAAAGAGCAGAUGCAGCCAAGAACACCUGAGCCUGUGGAAGGCAGAGAGCAUGUUCAUGUGCAGACAGAGCUAUAUUUGGAAGAGAUUAGUGACCGUAUAAUAGAAGUUGAUGUGGAGUGUCAGACAGAUGCAUUUCUGGACAGAGCACCCACUCCCCUCUUCAUACCAGCCAAAACUGGAAGAGAUGUGGAUACACAAAUAGAAGAAGGAGAGUUGUUUGACUUUGACAUUGAAGUCAAGCCAAUGCUGGAAGUAUUGAUUGAGAAGACUAUUGAGCAAGCUUUGCUGGAAGUCAUGGAGGAAGAAGAGCUGGCCAAUCUGUGGGCACAUCAGUGUGCAUAUGGAGAACUGCGUAAUGCAGAGCUGGCCGAGGUGCAGCGCCUGGAAGAGCAGGAGAGGCGAUACAGAGAGGAGAAGGAACGCCGCAUACGCCAGCAGAUGCAAGUGCUGCAGAAACAGAAAGAGACCACAGAGAAAAUUGCAGCUCGGGCAUUUGCUCAGCGUUACUUGACUGAUCUCAUUCCAUCAGUCUUCAACAAUCUUUGCGAAAGUGGGUAUUUCUAUGACCCUGUAGAGAGAGAUAUUGAGACAGAAUUCCUUCCAUGGCUGAUGACAGAAGUGGAAGAAGCAUUGGAGAAGAAGGUUCUGGGGAGGACAGUGCUUGACUCCUUGAUUCGUGCAGUGGUUGGAAGACGCUUAGGUGCCUUUAGUCGUAAACAACUGUCUGAUCAGACAGAGGCACAUGCUGAAGAGCCCAUGUCAACAGACACAGCCCCACAGCUGGCUGGUCUGACAGAAGAUGCAGGCCAACUAGCUAAACAGAAAGAAGUGACUGACCAACCUAUUGUUGAGGAACAAUUUUUGCCUCAUAUCUUUCUUCAGUUAGAGGAAUCAGAUCAAGCAGAAAUGGAGGAUUUUGAAACUGAGGAACAAGGAGGAGACAUACUAUAGCCUGGAGGACUGCCAUGGAUCACUUCUGAAAAGAUUCAAGCAAACAAAUGCUGACUUGAAUAUUUGUUUUUUAAAACGUUACAAGGGGGGAAGUGGUCACCUGAAAUAUUUUCAUAUUUGUUACUUCUGCUUUGUGUUUUGUUGCUAGAAAAUUUACUUUAAAUAGAUUGUGGCAUUAAAUAAUGCAAAGUAUAUAAAAUUAUAUUCUUAAAUUAUUGUGAAAAGAAUUAAUGAAUUGCAUGCACUGCAUUUCUACUUCAUUAGAAUUUAUGAAUACAACCAAAGCCUGUAAAUCAUAUUAUAAUGUAAUGGUUGUACUUUUGGGAAAAGAAAAUAUUGUUAGGGUUUUAAUAUAGUCUUUCUUUCCAGUCUGUGACCUGCAAUGAUCCAUCCUAAUCUUUCACAGAGUAAAAGUUUCUUUGAUGGAAACACUGUUACAAGACAACCCUGGGAAGCUCAGAAAGAAUGUCUGAACUAGGUAGAUUAGGAUAACUUCUAUUUCUCUUUUCUAAAAAGAAGCAUUCUUUAAUCAAGGGCAUCCUAGAACUGCUAAAGCCCUAAAAGAAACAUUAAAUCAAAAUGUUUUAUUUCUAAGUAUGUAAUGCCAAUCUGGCAAAAGAAUUGCAGGUCCAUGUAUCCUAAACUGAAGACCUUGGGACUUGAAUUGUAAAUUAUUGAACUGAAGCUGUCUAGAGGUAGUCACUUAGAUAAAACUUGCUUAGCAUGAGUAGCUAAAUUUGCUGAAGCCGUAGGCCGCACUCCUAGUUCAGUAGGAAAGGGCCCCAGAGCUGGUGCAGGCUGGAAAGAUAAGGGAGUUGCAAGCAGUCUGCAUUCCUGUGCUUCACACUCCGAAAGGGAGGAUGUCAAGGCUUUGAAAUAAGGCCUGCUUGGGCGCCAGGACCUUGGGAAACAAAGCCUCCUCUCACUGCUGAAACAAUGUUAAUUAAGGGGUCUGGACUGUCUCCCCCUCGUCAGGACCUUGGGAGAUAACACCUACUGUCCCUGCUGGGGCAGUGUUAAUUGCUGGAAUUACUAUCUCCCCUCGUCAGGACCUUGAGAGACAGGGGUGGGACCCGAGGAAUGAAGAAAUCACUAACCAAUCAGUGUAAAAGGGAAAAUUGCAAAUCUGGCAAUUUGUUUGUAUAAAUGCUACUUGAAAAACUGGAGGAGUGUGCUUGAUUUGUGGGAAACCACCGAGCACCCAGGCUUGCGCAAGUCUGAAAUAAAUAAGCAAAUGUC